UGGUCAUCUGCACAGAAAUGGUUAUCAGACUUAAUAACAGGAGGGCAGCCGAGAGUAACCCUAUCAAGGUUAUCGUGAAGGAAGACACAACCCUCGUUCAAGUACCACUUGGGUGUCAGCGAUGUGCCUGCUACAGAGAUGACCCAGAACGUGUGACCCUGGUAGACAGCUUGUGUCUCCUCCUCACUGACGAGAAGAUCACUGGACUCCAGUACCACGUCUACUCGGCUCUGUUUCUCGCCAUCGUUUCUGUCAUCGGCAUUCAAGUCAUGAAGUUACUGGAGAAGCAUGACAAGUUUAUGUUUUUCAUCUCAUUUGUUGUGAAAUCCGCGUGUAUUCUUCUCAUUGUGGUGUUGGUAUUACUGGUAUUGAUUUAUUAUUAUUUCACCACAGCUAUCAAGAAGUAUUCAAAGGAGAUGGAUUAUGAACGCCUUAAACAGGGCAGCCGGAAUGGUGUCCGUCGUCCGAGGCAAGAUGUUAGACGAGCCCCCCUCAGUAUGGUUCGAUAAGCUAUGUAACGCGAUUACAAACAAACUACAGUGUGGCUGGGGUUAGAACCCAAACCCAUAGCAAGUGAGUCGUAAAACUCCAGGCCAAUGCAUAAGUCAGCUGGUCCGGUGGCUUACGCACUGGCCUGGAGUUUUACAACUUACUUGCCAUGAGUUCUAACCACCCCCGUACCCUUGUUUGUAAGCUAAUGUAAUGCAGUGGCCCAUUACUAUAGUGUUGCUGCAACUCUCGAAACACCACGCAAAACAUAUUUUUAAAUUGUGGCUCUGUUUCUUAAUUCAUGCAAAUAACUCAUCAUUAUUAUUACAAUAACUUUGUGAGGAAGGUGUCAUUGAAACAGCUUUCAACUUAGCUCUGUUUUAAGAUAAUCCGUAAUAAACAUAAGCGUAUGUUCUGCAUUAAUCUUUCCCAUAUAACCUGCUAUCACUACGUCACUAUUAUAUACAUGCAAUGACAAAAUAAUGAGAUACAGUUUAUGUCACUACUGCACAUGUAUUAUCUAGGAUCUCAGGUCACAGUCCCAAAGGGACUUGUUAAAUGACUCUCAGCGUCAACGCGGUCUUCCCAAGGUCACGGAUCACUUCAAGGUCACACCUUCAUAAGCCUAACUAAUCCGAGGAUAAGAUAAGCAUCUACACUAUAAAAUAUGGAAAUAUGAGUGAAAGAUACUCCCAUCUGUACCUAAUAUGUAAGGUAAUACAGUUUUCUCAUGCCUCGGGAAAGAUAACAUGGACAGAAAAAAUUAUUACAUACAGACAGAAGUCAAACUUCCAUUUUAACUUUACUUUUCGUGUCUUUGAUCUGGAAUUUGUGCAGACAAGUUGUGCAUCAAGUUUCUCAGCGGUUUUAUGCUCUGUGGAUAAUGGAAAGGGUAAGCCCUGUUUUUUUUUUUAAGUUUGGUAUAAUACAUGGCUCAUGAUUAAACACAGACGGUGAACAUCAAGAAAAUAAGUUAAAUGAUAAAUACAUCUGGGACACACACGUAUAAAUUUUAAAAUGACUAAGUGAUCUCUUCUCGAUCAGUCUCACAAUGAACUGUAAUUCACUACACAAAUCUGCAGCAUCAAUGUCUUUGUCAUCACUAUAUUGUAAAGCUUAUUCUAGUUUUAAGCAAUAUUCUGUUUUAAGCAAUAUUCUGUUUUAAGCAAUAUUCAGGGAGGCUUCGCCUCACCUGAAUAUUCUGUUACUUCGUUGUUAUUGUGUGCAUAUUGUAGAUGUCAUGCAUCAAAACUUUGGGGUCCCAGUCCCAGGACCCAUUAUGUACCUCUGUAAUCUUUAAAUACCUUUGUAACUUGUCAUGAUUGUGACCAGAUCUACCUGGAGUUCAUUACCUUUGUAACUUGCUCACCUAUCAUAACUCUGGAGUCCAGUCCGUGAACCCAUUAUGUACCUCUGUAAUCUUUUGACUACCGCCCACAGGAUGGGUCUGGGAUGCAUAAUAAACAUAUUAACUAACUAACAUGCAAGAAACCAAACAAAAUUUGCUUCAUACAUAUGUGUUUGAGCCUUUGUUCAGUUGAUUGUAUUACCACAUCCAAGGUUGAAAAAUAUAAUUUCACUCUGGACUUUGCUUGGGAUUCUGAAUUGACUUACAUUCCGUCGCAUAAACAAACUGCUAUCUCCUCUUAAUAAAGAUUGGCUCAAGUUCUAAUUCUGUUAAAAUGUCCAUUUCUUCAGAAAGUUCAUGGGUAUUUAUUAAUGUGUUCUCAAAUUCUUCAUUCCUGCAGUUUAGAAGAUAAAUUUUAAUUUCUUUCAGCUGUUCAGUUGCCUCAGUUAUAUCAAAUUCCUUAUCCUGAAAAUUUUUUGCUAUCUAUAUUGAUCGCAAG